AUGGGAGCAACUUGGCGGGAACAGAGGUGGGAGGGGGGAUUGGGUUACCUGUGCACAGGUGACCUGUUCGCUAUGGGCAGUGGAUUAGCUGAUUGUCAGUCAGCUCAUGCGCUCCUUCGGAUUUCAGAGAAGAGCGUGAAUGACCCGGGCUCACGGUCCGACGUCCAGGCCACAUGUGGGGCCAUCUGGAACAACAGCGCGGCCUGA